CGCGCGCGGUGGGAAGGCGCUAUCGUUGCAGUAUGGCGGACGAUGGGGACGGUAGGAGUGCAGCGGCGGACACUAGCGGCGGGCAGGGCACGACAGAGGAGUUGGAUCCGGGGGCCGGUCUCGGUAUAAGCGGCAUGCUGCUCGAUCUCAGCGUUCUGGUGCUCCUGCUGGCCGCGUGCUACGUGGUUUACGCGCGGUGGUGGCGGAGGGCGGGCGCGGACGCGGGCCGGGGCAGCGAGGCCUCGCCGCUUCCCAAGAUGAGGAGACGCGACUUCACCCUGCAGCAGCUGCGCGAGUACGACGGCGUGCAGAACCCGCGCAUCCUCAUGGCAGUUAAUACCAAGGUCUUCGACGUGACCAGCGGCAAAAAGUUUUACGGACGCGAGGGCCCCUACGGGAUCUUUGCGGGACGUGAUGCUUCUCGGGGUUUGGCAACAUUCUGCCUGGAGAAAGAUGCAUUACGAGACGAGUACGAUGAUCUUUCAGACCUGAAUGCUGUACAGAUGGAAAGUGUUCGAGAAUGGGAGAUGCAGUUCAUGGAGAAAUAUGACUACGUCGGCCGUUUGUUGAAGCCAGGAGACGAGCCGUCUGAGUACACAGAUGAAGAGGACAUGAAGGAUCAUCAAAAACACGAAUGAUCUGCUGAAACAUCACAGCAGCUGAAGCCCAGGACUUAGAAGGCCACCAUCCAGAAUAGUUAAUCCCCAGCAAGAAAACCCCUCCGAAUCUGCCCUCGAUCGUGUCCCCACUACUGCUCCACCACAGUCUAAAAGCCCCAUGCUGUUCUGACUGUUCUUCUACCAAAACAGACCAAUAGCCUGUCAGAGUUUCCUGUACUCUUCUUGUCUGUUCUUGAUACCUUCUCCUUAAUCCAGCUCCUAGCCUCUCAAUCUCCCUGUCCCAUCUAAACGCUCAAUUUAUACCAUCAAACACUACCACCAGUCCUAAAUCGUCCAUUAUUUACCCUGCAGUCCAGUGGAGAGCGGAGCGCACCUGAGGCUUUUAUAGCAUCCUGCACAUUUACGCGUUCAGACUUGGACUGACAAUGUGAAGAGAUGAAUAAAAAAGGAAGGAGGAAGGAAACACUGAAUACACAUACAUUUUUAUUCACUUAAUUUUCUUUGGGGACUUCACUGUUCAUGACCUUGAAGGUCACAUACAUAGAGUGGGGCAGAUGCCUGGAAUUCAGUACACGACAGGUUAAAAAUUGCAACUGGGGUCUCUUUUAAUUUUUUUUUGUUUGUUUUUCAUUUAAGUUGGGUUUUGUUGUGUGUGAUUACCGUAUCGCAACACACUUCUCAAACACUUCAUAAGCAUUUAUAUCUCAUGCUUAUUCAUCGACUAUGAGAACGUUGUCAUUUUAAAUCAAAGUAAAUGUGGAGCGGAUAUGGUAACCAAUCCAAAAGCCAGAUUGUCUGCCAUCAGCCAAUCAAUCCAAAGGAUGGGAGGGACUGGGGUGGGUGGGUGCUCUUAGCAAUUUUUUGUAUUGUGUGCACCACUAGUGUGUAGCGGUUUAUGUCACAAUGUGAUUGUAAAACAUGCGGGAUGGGAAAUGUUUGUUGGGGGGAGGAGGGUAUCCGUUAGCAUUCUCGCCAUAAAACUUGUUUUAUUUGAACUGCGGAAAUCUGAACGGCUGGUUGGGAUGCAAAGGGAAGAUCAGUAAGGUAGUUUAAUUGGAUCAACUUCUCUGCUCAUUGGUCAACAGAACUCUCCCUUCCCCUGUUAACGAAACAGUCAGCGUAGUUAUUGUGCCUUAUUUCCAUUUAAUUUACUACAGAAUAGUCAAGAGACGUAGAAGGAUACAAAGUUAAAACAUGUUCUGCUCUGCCCUUGUUCACAAAACAUACUCUUAGGAGGUUUUUCGAAAGCCAAGGCAUCUUUCCCCUCCAUUUCCUCACAGUUCGUACGACGAGGUGUGCUCACGUCUGUGAGUGAAUCUGACACGAGAGGCUCGACCGCCAUUAUCGUGACCUUGUACAUAGACUUUAUGAGCUAUUUCAGUGUUACUGCCAUAUCUGCGCUGUUAUUAAACUCCACGCACUGCUGUGUUGUACUGGCCAAAAGAUCCAUUGCUCUUUCUCUGUUUCCAUCUCUCUUUUUCCCCUCUUUUUUUUUUUUUUUUUUCUGCUGAAUUUAUUUUUUAAUUGUGGGUAAUUUUCAAAUCCACCCUUAAGUGUUACGUUUCGUUUUGUUUUUCUGGAGAGGGGAACUAUGAGUUUGGAAGAAUACUUUGUCUUUGCUGAGGGGAAGGGGAUGAGGCGCAAUUCAAAAAUUGUGGAUUCUGUAAAUAUGUGUAUCAUUUUAUUAAAGCAUGUGCAGCAAACAGUGAGGUAAUGCUGGCUCUCACGUCAUGUAUUUAAAUGGAGUUUGCAAGGAUGUGUGUGCGUGUGUGCUCGAGGGGGUGGGGGGGGGCAGAACGCAUUGUUGCAGAAAUAAAUACAUUUGGUUAAUAA